CACUCCCUACUGUCUGUAUACAGCUAGACAAACAUACAAAUUACACGCGUACACACACAGACGCACACAUACACAUUAUUAUACAAGUGUAUAUGUGUGUGUGUACAAACUUCCAAACAUACACAUAUAUUUGAGCACAUAUACACAGUUUUACACCACUCAUUACAAUUCAAACACAUACAUACGUACAUACAUACAUAGACACACACAUACCGAACACAGUUUACAUAAUGUAUAUACGUAUGCAUUAAUGUGUGUAUAUAUAUAUAUAUAUAUAUAUAUAUACACAUCUUAUACAUGCACCUAUAUACAUUUAUAAAUAUUUAAAACAAACUAUAAACAACUCUAGACCUACCCACGUAAACACAAACACAAACACUCACACACACACACACACACACACACACACACACACACACACGCACGCACGCACGCACUCACACUCAUACACACAAAUAUCCCGUAUACGCAUGCAUCUACGCACAGUACACUGGCUUGUACAUAUAGCCGAGUUCACCAUUCCGCUGGACCGCACUCACUUCUAAACAAUCCUCACAAACAGAACGGCGCCAAAACCUUAACAUGGAUCUUAUAUUCAGGAAUUUCUUUCGUCCGAGAAAUUGCUGUCUAAAAUGGGUCUUCUACUCUUUGAUGUUGCUGUCUCUUUUUCUGCACGCAACCGAUGCUACCAAACGGGUUCACUGCCAGAAAGGAUGUUCUUGCAAACACGGUGAAGUGAUGUGCAGCAAAUUAAAAUCCUUCCCUAAUGACUUACCUAACACCACCAUGUCCUUGGAAAUCCUCGACUCUAAUAUAACAGACAUCCCACCUGGAGCGUUAGCAUUUUCAUCAAACAUUCGCCACUUAACCAUCAUGAACAGCAAAAUUGAUAAAAUCCUCACCUGCGCAUUCAGCAAUCUUAAACGCAUUCGGAUCACAUUUACUGGAAGUGCUAUUGUUGAAAUACAAGAAGGAGCGUUCCGCCAUCUGGUGGAUGAUGUCAUCAUUACUUUGAAAUAUACAACUAUAUUUCGUUUACAUAGUUUUGCGUUUGAUGAUUUGCGAAAUGUUGAUGAGCUUCACAUAUCUCAUUGCAGUUUUAAGUCAAUUAGUCCAUUUGCAUUUAGUAAAAUACACAACGUGAAGAAAGUCCAUAUCGCCAACAACAACUUUCCAAUCCUUCCAUCUUUGACAUUUAUUAAUGUAAAAAAUAUUGGACUGUGGGACAUGGAAUUUAAUACAUUUUCUGAUUUUGCUUGCAACCCGUUUAGUUACCUGUUUUGGAAUGUUACCGAAGUGAAUGUUGUCUUCAAUAGAUUACCAUGUUCUUGCGAAGUGGCUAAAUUUUUGCAAUUCGAUUUUCCUUUCCCUGAACAUAUACGGGAAGCUUUUAUAAUUGAAAACAUGUGUUACGAAGACGGAAAGACUGAAGACAUGUUCCUCACCAAUUUAGUUCAGAAGCAAAAGAAAUGUGAAAGCUUACGUCUGGCAAGUUGUACUGAAAACGCAAUGAACUCUUUAGAGGUGAUUUGUCAAAAAUCUUCAGUCAUACGCACUGAUAAGUUAUCAUCACUGAUCCCUCAUGCUACAGUUAAUCCUGAUUUAUCGACAGUCAGAGAUCCAAACGGUGUUUAUGCUGAUGAAAGAGAACCCCUCUACAACAACCCAACCACAAAAUUUGACAGUCAAGAAAAAAGUGAUAGCCAAAAGAAAAAAACAGAAACCAAAGACGACAUGAUCCCUAAGGAUGGUAUAACUUCUGGUGACAGAGAAGCAUCUGCUGAUGGUAUUAAUGACGAAUCCAAGCAUCCAGAUUUGGGAUCGGCAAAAAGACAUGAGCCCAAAGAUGAAGUCGAUGUGGUUAUUAGUCGAGUCCUAAAAGAUACCAGUACUUUACCCACCCCCAGAAAAACCGAGCGAAUGAACAAGAAAACCAGCAACAAAGCAGAUUCCAUCAGCGGACGUAUUGGGUCGAUUGUCACUGAAACACCGAAUCCUAAAAGUACGAAGUCAACUUCUCUUCAGCUGCAAAACCAACCAUCUAAAACAAGUGGACAGUCUGCCCUGCUUGCCUACACAAAAUUUUGUAUCAUCUCGUUUCUGUUGGCCAUAAACUGUGCAGUGCCAUAUUUCUAAAGACAUGCAUGUGUACGUAAAUGUCAUAAAUAAAGUUAUAUUUUUGUAAA